UGGGGCCGCGCGUCCAGGGAGCUGCGCCGUCCGCCUGUCCGUCUGCCGCAGGCACUGCCGAAGCCAGCCGAGCCGCCGGAGCCGCGGGCCUCGGGGCCGUCGCGGGCCCAACCCCACGAUGCUCCCCUUCGCCUCCUGCCUCCCCGCGUCUCUACUGCUCUGGGCGCUGCUGCUGUUGCUCUUGGGGGCGGCGUCUCCCCAGGAUUCCGAGGAGCCCGACAGCUACACGGAAUGCACAGACGGCUAUGAGUGGGACCCUGACAGCCAGCACUGCCGGGAUGUCAAUGAGUGCCUGACCAUCCCGGAGGCCUGCAAGGGGGAAAUGAAAUGUAUCAACCACUAUGGGGGCUACUUGUGCCUGCCCCGCUCUGCUGCUGUCAUCAGUGACCUGCAUGGCGAGGGACCACCACCACCAGUGCCCCCUGCUGAGCACCCCAACCCCUGCCUCCCGGGCUAUGAGCCCGAUGAGCAAGAGAGCUGCACAGACGUGGACGAGUGUGCCCAGGCCCUGCACGACUGCCGCCCCAGCCAGGAGUGCCAUAACCUGCCUGGCUCCUACCAGUGUACUUGCCCCGACGGCUACCGCAAGAUCGGGCCCGAGUGUGUGGAUAUAGACGAGUGCCGCUACCGCUACUGCCAGCACCGCUGCGUGAACUUGCCUGGUUCCUUUCGAUGCCAGUGCGAGCCGGGCUUCCAGCUGGGGCCCAACAACCGCUCCUGUGUGGAUGUGAACGAAUGCGACAUGGGGGCUCCGUGUGAGCAGCGCUGCUUCAACUCCUAUGGGACCUUCCUGUGUCGCUGCCACCAGGGCUAUGAGCUGCACCGGGAUGGCUUCUCCUGCAGUGAUAUCGAUGAGUGCAGCUACUCCAGUUACCUCUGCCAGUACCGCUGUGUCAACGAGCCAGGCCGCUUCUCCUGCCACUGCCCGCAGGGCUACCAGCUGCUGGCCACGCGCCUGUGCCAAGACAUUGACGAGUGUGAGUCGGGUGCGCACCAGUGCUCUGAGGCCCAAACAUGUGUCAACUUCCACGGGGGCUACCGCUGCGUGGACACCAACCGCUGCGUGGAGCCCUAUGUCCAGGUGUCGGACAAUCGCUGCCUCUGUCCGGCUUCCAAUCCCCUGUGCCGGGAGCAGCCCUCGUCCAUCGUGCACCGCUACAUGAGCAUCACCUCGGAGCGGAGCGUACCGGCCGACGUAUUCCAAAUCCAAGCGACCUCCGUCUACCCUGGCGCCUACAAUGCUUUUCAGAUCCGUGCUGGAAACUCACAGGGAGACUUCUACAUUAGGCAAAUCAACAAUGUCAGCGCCAUGCUGGUCCUCGCGCGGCCUGUGACAGGCCCCCGGGAGUACGUGCUGGACCUGGAGAUGGUCACCAUGAACUCCCUCAUGAGCUACCGGGCCAGCUCUGUACUGAGACUCACCGUCUUCGUGGGGGCCUACACCUUCUGAG